UUAUCAUCCUCUACAUCGGUCUCUCUGAUGGAAGUGGAAGAGCAGGAUAAGAUGGUUGAUCGGGCCAUUAACGCCUCCAUCGUGCUUGCGGCCGGCACCUUCGCCAUCACGAAGCUGCUCACUAUUGACAUGGAUUACUGGCAUGGUUGGACCAUAUAUGAGAUUGUCAGAUAUGCACCACAGCAUAACUGGACUGCCUAUGAAGAAGCUCUAAAAACAAACCCUGUUUUGGCUAAAAUGAUGAUUAGCGGUGUAGUGUACUCUAUAGGCGACUGGAUUGCACAGUGCUAUGCAGGGAAGCCACUUUUUGAGUUCGAUCGCGCUCGUAUGUUCCGUUCUGGACUCACUGGAUUUGCUCUUCACGGUUCCCUUUCUCAUUACUACUAUGAAUUUUGUGAGUUUCUUUUUCCGUUCCAGGAUUGGUGGGUGGUUCCCGCUAAAGUGGCAUUUGACCAAACACUCUGGACUGCAACUUGGAAUAGUAUUUAUUAUGUGGUUCUUGGAUUCUUGCGAUUCGAGUCUCCGGCAAAUGUUUUCAUCGAACUAAAGGCUACGUUUUGGCCCAUGUUAACUGCUGGGUGGAAGCUUUGGCCUUUUGCUCAUCUGAUUACUUACGGCGUAAUUCCAGUUGAGCAGAGGCUUCUCUGGGUGGACUGCGUGGAGCUGAUUUGGGUUAUGAUACUAUCAACUUACUCGAACGAGAAAUCUGAAGCAAGACAUUCAGAGGCAAAGCCUGAGCUGAGUGAAGAGUCUCAAUCUGCUAUUCCUAAGUGAUCAAACCCUCUUUCACUGUGUUAUUCACUCUGUAGGAGAUGACAAAAUAAUUUCUGGUACAAAGCUUAUCACCAAUGUGGUUGGCUUGGGGAAUUAGAUGUUGGUAAUUGCAUUCUAGAAUAGAUGUACAUCGCCAAACAACAAUAAUAUGUAACAAGAUUAUCUAGCUUUCUCAAUAGCAAUUGGAUGUACAAAGAGAUGAGGUUUAGACAUCAUUUGGGACGGCUUUCUUAUCGCUUCUUAAAGCAGUUUUCUAGUACAAAAAUUUUAAUUUUUGUACUAAAAAUCUGCUUUAAGAAGUGGUAAAAAAGCUGCCCAAACGAAGCCUUAGACUUUUGCGUAAGCAAAAAUCAAACAUGGGUUUUGGCUUCCUUUUGUCGUGAAUGGCCUAUUAUGAGGAAAAUAUUAUCUAUGAUUUUUUAAGCUUAGAGGUAGGUAUCUCUGUAAAGAACAUAAAGUGUUAAAUAUUUCAAAUAUAUUUCUUUUGGGGAAA